AGAGGGGGGGGGGGGUGGAAGCAGAGUUCGACGCCGGACAAAAGAACUUCUAGAGCCCCUUAUAUCCAUAUUUCCAUGCGUGGUGCAUGAGGGCGCGCGCAUGGAGUAGUCAUGGAAGCCCCUUUGAGCAAGAGGAACCCCACGUUAAGAUUAGCGGAUUUGGCAGCCACUCAAAUCCUUCCUCACCAGAACAUGACAGGCUUCCCGGGGCUAGGGGGGCAUCACCCUCUCUCCCACCAUGCCCACCUCCACCCCGGGGAGCUGGCCAACGACCCCGGCGUGGCACUCACUCCAUUCGGACCGGAGCACAUGGCACAGACCAGUGCUCUCAAACUCAGCCCCUCGCAGCACAUCCAGAGCCACCACGAAGCCCAGACCGCGGCUGCGGCGGCUGCGGCGGCGGCGGCGGCGGCGACCGCAGCCUCCUUCGCUCCGGCUCAGAGCACCGCGGGCUUCCCCGUGGCCCACCAUCCCCACCCGGGUUACUCGAGCAGCAGGGACUUGAUCCUCAGGAGAGAACUCUCAGCCUCCGCCAUGCACGCUCUCGGCGACCAGUCCGCCGCCUCCCCCCAUCACCACCACCUCCACCACCACCACGGCGUGUUCAUCUCCCCAACAGGUGCGUACGGCCACGCGGACGGCGGAAGCCACUCUCUCUUCUCGGGGCUGCACGAGCAAGCGUCCCCGGGCUCGCACCCGCAUCACCACGCGCUCAACGGGCAGAUGCGCCUGGGUCUACCCGGGGACCUCUACGGUAGGUCGGAUCACUUCGGGGCCCGGCCGGAUCACUACGGAGCCUCGACGCUGCACGGCUACAACAACGUCAACGCCGCUCACGGCCCCGCGGGAACCUUCCUGCGCUACAUGCGGCAGCCCAUCAAGCAGGAGCUCAUCUGCAAGUGGGUCGAGCCGGAGCUGCAGAGUCCCAAGAAGCCCUGUUCCAAGACUUACAGCACCAUGCACGAGCUGGUCAACCACGUCACGGUGGAGCACGUCGGCGGGCCCGAGCAGAGCUCCCACGUCUGCUUCUGGGAGGAAUGCCCGCGGGAGGGGAAGGCAUUUAAAGCCAAGUACAAACUUAUCAACCACAUCCGAGUGCACACCGGAGAGAAGCCCUUCCCGUGUCCCUUCCCGGGCUGCGGGAAAGUGUUCGCCCGCUCGGAAAACUUGAAGAUCCACAAGAGGACACACACAGGUGAGAAGCCCUUCAAGUGCGAGUUUGAAGGCUGCGACCGGAAGUUCGCCAACAGCAGCGACCGGAAGAAGCACUCGCACGUGCACACGUCCGACAAGCCCUACUAUUGCAAAGUGCGCGGGUGCGACAAGUCCUACACGCACCCGAGCUCCCUGCGCAAACACAUGAAGGUGCACUGCAAGAGCCCCCCGCCACCCCCAAACCACACGACCGCGUACAUCCCCUCCUCCGCCUCCAGCAACCCGCUCGCAGAGCCCCUCUCCCCGCAGCGGAACCGCUCCGCCAGCCUCUCCCCGCAGGUGACCAACCUGAACGAGUGGUACGUAUGUCAAGGCAGCGGAGGGGGGGCGCACCACCAACACCAGCAGCACGAUCUACACUCCCCCUCCAGUGACGUGCCCACCUCGGAGUCAGAAGAUGAGGACUCGUUUAGAAACGGCGACCCCAGGACGAUGCUAUGAUGGACAACCUUCACUUCCAAAAAAUGAAAGCACUCAAUCAAAGUGGAUGCAGUUCAACAACCAGCUCCGUUCAAAGCAACAUUUUUUUGGAGGGUGAUGCAAAUUACAGCAAUAUUCAGAUUCCACCAACAAGUGUCCCGCCGUGUAGUGCAGGGCUGGGCCAACAAUUUAAUAUCAGUGCCCAUUUUUUCAAUGAAGUCCCCAAGGGCCAUACAAAAUUCAUGGAAUAAUAGGAUCAAACAAAUGUUCAUUAUUAUCUUGACGAAAACAGCCCAUUGGGCGCAGGUUUCUCACACGUGGUUUAGCGUGGAAAACGGACUACUAUGUCAACGUUAAGAGCUAUCAUCUGCUUUAAAAAAACAGUUAAGAAAAAAAAGUACAUGUUUUUAUGUCAAAAUACGUCUCAAGGGUUCUAUUUGUGUUUUGGAUGUGUGUGUUUUUUUGUGUGUGUAAUAUUUAAGAGUUAUUUAAGUCUAUAUUUUAUGCAAUGACAACAAAAGUCCCGAGAGACCCUAAAAUACACUGACAGGCUUGGUUGGAUUUGUACAUAUGUGAGUGUACUCAUAUUUGUGAAUGUUGUAGUUUUUAUUGAGACUAGAAAAAGAUUUUUUUUGUACAUUGUAAUUUAUUUGCUGGUUUCAAUGUUGUACUGAAAUUACGGAAGCACCAAAGAAAUAAUGGUAAUGAUAAUUAUACCAGUUUUUGUGGUGGUAACCUGCUGAUAUUUUUGUAAUUUUCGUUAUAUAUAUUUUUUUCAAAUUUAAUUUACAGAUUUUUUAAAUACAUUUUUUUGUCCUGUAAAAAGACUCACUUAGUCUGUGUAAUGUGAAACUUUCCUUUUUUCUUUUUUUAAGGAAAUCUCUCGCAUGCCUUUUUGAUUUUUUAAAAAAACAUUUGUGAUGUGUCUCUUUUGUUGAGGUGCAUGGUGCCAUUUGGACAUUAUGGAUAUUUAAAAAAAUAUGAAAAAUGGGGAUAAAUGACUUUGCGCACCCUUGUUGUUUCAAAUGGCAUUUAUAACAAUGACAAGAAAAUAAGAAUACAAAAAACAUGAAUAAAUACCAAUCCGGAAGUCAA